UGGAGGGAGCUGGCAUGGGAGUGCAUUUAUGAGACUUACACCGUGCCCAGGCCAGGGAUACGGGACAUAACUGUGGCAGAGCUUGGACCCACAAUCCUGGACUUUUUCUGACUUGGGGCCAUUCUGCUUUGGAGUCUGGGGAGCAGCAAGCUUUCUCUACCCUGCGGAGUCUGUCAACUUUCAGAGGCUGAUGUCUGCUUCCCGAAUAGGCUUGCCUUGUUCCCUUUCUCUGAGCCUACCUUGAAGAACAGAAGAAUGGGACAGACACGCUACUCAAGACCGGUAUAUCCAGCUCCCUUGGCUGAGGAGGUGGAUCAGUCAUCACAGGAUGCUGGAAUGGUGGCUGAAGUUCUGGAAUCUGGUGACACCACCCCCCCUUCCAAGAGAAAGAGCAAGUUUGCUGGGUUUGGCAAGAUCUUUAAACCAUGGAAGUGGCGGAAAAAGAAAACGAGUGGAAAAUUUAAGGAGACCUCAGAAGUUUUAGAACGAAAGAUUUCAAUGCGAAAGCCAAGAGAGGAGCUCAUUAAAAGAGGGGUUCUGUUGGAAGAUGUUGAACAGGAUGGAGAAGAGCCAGACAAGUUAAUUCAUGCCACUUUGAAAAAUGGGCACACCGUUCCCAUUGACUAUUCUGGAAUCGUCAAUCUUGCACACUUGGAGGAAGAAACAGGAAAGAGAUUGAGCCUCAAGAAAUCCAGUCCCCCAGAGGAGCCAAAGAAAUUGCACGGACCUUUCAGCAAUCACCCCAAUUCGGAAACGGAGCCCCACCCCGAGCCCCCUGCUCCCAAGCAGCCCCUACUUCCUCCGAAACGACCGUUGUCAUCCUCUUCGCAGGAGACAAGCGAUCUGCCAGUGAGGGAACUCGGCCUCAGCAACAGCAGUGCAAGGACUGUGUCUUCUUCCACAGCUGCAGCGGUCCCCAGCACAACAAAAGGGGGCACUUUGUCCACUGCUCCCACGCCUGCCCCCCGGACUCUGCCCCCUGCUCCCACAAGUGGCCAUGGUUUGGCCACGAAUGCUAGCAAUGCCACCCCGACCAAGCAGCCCCCGGUGCCACCCCCCAAGCCUGUUAACAGGAAUAGCAACCCCUUAAUAGCUGAAUUAUCUCAGGUGAUUAACAGUGGCACGCCGUUGUUGAAGCCUUCUCCGCCUCUGCCUCCCAAGAGGGGCCUCCCGCUGAAUGUACCUUCCUUGUUAGAAUCGGCCACUGCUCCCAGAUCCCCUAAUGAGAGGAUCAUGUCAUCAUCCUAUCCCUCCUCACUACCUCCAUACAUGAUCUCAACUCUCCCUCCGGCUGUUCCUUCACCCCCACUGCCUUCUCACAUUCCAUCAGAAUCCCCCAACGUUCCAUUGCCCAUCUCCCUCUAUGGGGCAGAGCCUCCCUUCUCCACAGAGCUGCGGAUGGAGACUCAGCAAGAAGGCCUUUCAGUGCUGGAUCCAGCCAAGAGAGCAGCCGAGCAGGGGUUUGGAGAACCUCAGGGGCUUCCUCGGUUGCCCCAGGUCCCACUGCACAUCCGCAUCCAGCAGGCACUGAGCAGCCCCCUGCCAGCAACCCCACCUGCUGAAGGCUCACACAGGGCUCACUCGCUGCUCUUUGAGAACGAAGGCUCCUGCGAGGAUAAUGGGACCGUAGGCAGGACGAGAUCCCUGCCUGUUACCAUCGAGCUGCUGAAAGUUCCAGACGAUGAAGAAGAGGAGGAAGAUGGCUCAGGAGAUGCAUGUCCUUUGAAUCACCAUGUUUACAUUGGAGAGGCUCCAAUGGUUGCAGUUAUUCCUAGGCUCGUACUGCAGACUGUGCAGGAUGAAGAAGAGGGGCCAAGUGAUUCGGAUUCAGAGGGACCCAUUUUGUACAAGGAGGAAGAGGAAGAGGAGGAAGAUGAAGAUGAAAGCCACAACACAGCCUUGGCCAAUAAAGUCAAGAGGAAAGACACCUUGGCUAUGAAAUUGGGAAACGUGGCUCCCCGGCAGGAGUUACCAAAAGAGAGCACCUUUCCCCGGAAGAGCAAGGAAGAGUGGAAUGAAAUCCGGCAGCAGAUUGGGACAACACUAAUCAGGCGAUUAAGCCAGAGACCAACAGCAGAAGAAUUGGAGCAAAGGAAUAUACUUCAGCCAAAAAACGAGGCUGAUCGGCAGGCUGAGAAGAGGGAAAUAAAACGGAGGCUCACUCGAAAGCUUAGCCAGAGGCCUACUGUGGCUGAACUGCAGGCCAGAAAGAUCCUGAGGUUUAAUGAAUAUGUGGAGGUAACAGAUGCCCAUGACUAUGACAGGAGAGCAGACAAGCCAUGGACAAAACUCACGCCUGCUGACAAGGCUGCCAUCCGGAAGGAGCUGAAUGAGUUCAAGAGCUCUGAGAUGGAAGUGCAUGAAGAGAGCAAGCAGUUCACUCGAUAUCAUCGGCCCUGAGCUUUUUAAAAAAACAAAAAAACAAGAAGUGUGGCCAGGACGCUGGAGGAGAAGAGGACUGAUGGUGUUUGUCAUUUCCUUUCUCACAAGUUGAAGAGGAAUCUUGAGGCUUGUUUGAAAUUAGCCUUCACUCACAUAUCCAGAAGGGAAGUUUCUCUUCAUGAGGAAAUGGGCGAGGGAUAAGAAGGCCCUUGUCCAAAAGUUAGCAUUUCAUUGAAAGGAAUUUGUCUCAAGUGCCACGAGGUCACGGUGGGGCAAGCAACAAAUGAAAGCAUUAUACCUCAGAUAUAUGGCAAUACAAAUGGAUAAUGCCCCUCGGUUCCUUAUCUUCUGCCUGAUUCUGAGCAGUUUAAUACCCCUUUCUCAAAGAAAAAGCAGACUAACAAGCAGACUUUGGAGCUAGUGAGAGAGAAGUGUGCACGUAUCUAUGUUUUGCUGUAUCCAGAAGAAACUUUAACUGACACAUUACUGGAGAUUUGGGGAAGGUGCUUAUGUUUUUUUUGGGGGGGGGAGUUACUAAUUUGCAGAAUCACUACUGACCAAUCGUACAUUGUCUAGCAGAAGAAUUGUUGAGCUCUAACAUGGCAUAUGCUGCAUCUUGGGGGGGGGGGAAGUUUUAACAUUUUUUAUAAUGGACAGCAAGAAGCUCCCUUCAUCAUUCAAAUAAGGGACCUAAUUUCCGGUGGGGAGGGGAUGCACCAGGCCUGUUUAACAGCUGCUGCAAAGCCUGAAAUGAGUUGCCUUCAAGACGCAGGUGACGUGGAAUAUACUGUAUUUUUUUAAAAUCGUGACUUCUUUUUUUAAAGCAACGUCCUAAAACUAGAGUGGACCUUUGCCUUUUCUUAGAUUUGUAGCAAAAUGUACUGAAAUGUAAUAAUUUGAGAAGGGCUUAAACCCAACUUUUAAGGAAAGAAAAGAAAAAAGAAAAGAUGGCAUGGCAUGGCAUUAAUAGAUUUUAUGGAAUGGUUCUGAAUGGUAUCACUAGCCACAUCUGGGAUGCAUGUCCUAUGACGCUGGAGUGAGAAAAUGGGGGAAAAAAUACAAAGGGGAGGUUUGGACAUGAAUUCUGUACUUGAUCAUUGGUUUGGCGGCACAUAUCUGGAAAAGGUCACCCGUGUAGAAGCUUGUAGGUGCGUGGGCUGAAGCUGAUAUGCUGUCCGUUGCUGUGCUUCCCCACCUUUAUUCUGUUGCUACUUUUGCGACUACCAACCGUUCUUGGAGGAAGAUGGACACAUGCAAAAUGGCAGGGUCCAGGAAUCUUAAAAGGUUAUGGAGAAGAAGGAAUUUCAGCAGUCACAUCAGUCAGGUCCAAUCUUCUGUAAUAAAACCCCUUAAAUCAAUUA